AUGAUAUUAGUUUCCCUGAAGUUUACAGCAAAGAUUAGGCAGAUGAACAACUCUUACUCAUUCUUGUACAGCAGGGAAGGAAGGAUGUCGAGUAGCUCCGAGUCAGGGAUUAAUGUUACGGCUCAAAAUAAGGCUCCCUUCAACCAGGGCUGGUUUCAAGAUGCCUACAAAUCCGCGGUCGAAUUUUAUGAAAAGGAUAGCGCUCUCGAUUCACGGGAUAGAUUGGAAAUCUCCAAAGCAUAUGUAUCUCUUGUCAGGGCACAAAUGUGGGGAGGAUGGCUUGGAUUUGCAACUAUAUUUGGAUCGCCAUUUGCUUAUCGAUAUUACAAAACAAGCUCCAUAAGAGGAGUAAAGGUGCCAAGGAAUUUUGUGCUCGGACUUAUUGGCUUGGUUAUAGGGCAAAGAAUCGCAGGCGACCGGACCUAUAAAUCUAGAUUGAGAGAAUUGGAUCCUAAUGGGGAAUUUCACUCUGCUGGAGCGUAUGGUGAUGCACAAUCCGGAGCAAAAAGUGGCCAACAGAGGCAAUACGAAAUGCUGAAGCUUUUAGGGCCAGGAAUGGCUCCACGGUGGGCCACAUACUUUUACUCGACCUACACUAACCCUGAAAGAAGGUUGCCAGAUCCAAAACGCAAACUGAAAGAGAUGGAGGAUGGCAAGUUGAUUAAAGGAUCCCCAUUUCUCAAUCAGCGUGAUCCACUGGGCUUGUACAGCGGCCCUAGGUUUGACAAGAAGGAAGGUGUUCCUCAGGUUGGAAAUACCCCACAGCCUUCAUCGAUGUCGUGCAAAGAUCAGGAUGGAGAUAUUUUUGGCGAAGCUGAUCAAGAAAGCUCGUCUCGGCCAGCAUUGUCGUCUUGGGAUAGAAUUCGCCAGGAGAACAACGUAGAAACUAGUUCCUCAUCUCCAACAUGGUCAAAAAUAGCCGCUCAAAAAAGUGCUGGGCAUGACAAAGCGGAACAUUUCAGUGAUGACAGAAUCCCUGAAGAUGAUUCGCAGAGGGAGUUCGAUGAAUUGUUGGAAAGAGAACGUCGUGGAGAGGAUGAAAUACAUUAA